UUCCAGUAGAUAAACACGCCAAUUAAUGAGUUUACACUUGAUCAGAAGAAAUUAUUAUUAUUAUUUUAUCACCAUCCAAUUGCCCUCUUUCCUCAGAUCUUGAUCACUGCUACUGCUGCUGCUGCUUCUUCUUCUUCUGCUGCGAUCUUCAUGAUCUGCAAUGAUGCGUAGAUCAAGCACUUUGAUGAUCUCCACUUUUGUGAUUUGUUUAUUGACCGCCGUUCCUUCGUCAAGCUCUCUGUUCUUCAACUUCUCCAACUUCCAUAACGUCGGCAAUGAAUCCGAUAUCCUUCUCCAAGGCGACGCCCUAAACAGCAACGACUUUAUCGAGCUCACCAAGAACACCGGCAGUCAGCCAAACACCCAAAGCGUGGGGAGAGCGAGCUACUACAAGGAGCGCCUCCUCCUAUGGGACGCGCAAACCCACCAACUCACGGAUUUUACCACCCGCUUCGUCAUCAACAUCGCCAACCUGACCGGCAACGAGGUACUCGGCGACGGCCUCGCUUUCUUCCUGUCGGCUCCGCCGUACGUAGUCCCUGACGAUUCCACCGGCAGGGGCCUAGGCCUCUUCAGCGACGUUGUUACUCCUCCUCCCCACUCUACGGUGGCAGUGGAAUUCGAUACUUAUCAGAAUCCGGAGUACGGCGAUCCACCUUACGGACAUGUCGGAAUCGACGUCAACUCGUUGAACUCGACCAAGGCAGCGUCGUGGAACUAUUCCGUUGGCACUGAUAUGGUCGCGUGGGUCAUUUACAACGCCAACAGUCAGAAUUUAAGUGUGUUCCGCUCGUCCGGGGAUGAUCGAGAGCUCAGUGAUGCUGUUUUGGUACUCAGCGAUACCAUCGACUUGAGAAAAGUCCUGCCGGAAGAAGUAGUCAUUGGUUUCUCGGCGGCAACCGGUGGUUCGGGCGUUGAAACGCAUACUAUUCAUUCAUGGUCGUUCGAUUCGACUCUGCAGCCAAGAAAGUCGUUCAAUUCGACUCUGCAGCCAAGAAAGAAGGACAAGACUGCGUUCCUCGUCGGUUUCGUCAUUGCCGGAGCAGUACUAGUCUCCUUGGUGACAACUUUGGGCGUGCUAUGGUUCUUUAAACGAAGGCGGAGGGCGAAUGGAAGAGAUGAAGAAGAGGACUGGAUCUUCGAUGAAGCCAUGGAUAAUGAGUUCGAAAGAGAGAGGGGACCGAAGAGAUUCGCUUACAAGGAACUCGUCCGGGCCACCAGAGACUUCUCGGAUGAAGGGAAACUCGGCGAAGGAGGGUUCGGAUCGGUCUACAGGGGCGUGUUGAAAGAUCCCAAGCUCGAGGUUGCCAUCAAAAAGGUCUCCAAGGGCUCGAAACAGGGGAGGAAGGAGUACAUGUCGGAGGUCAAGAUCAUAAGCCGGCUUCGCCACCGCAACCUGGUGCAGCUCGUAGGCUGGUGCCACGACCGCCAGGAACUCAUCCUUGUCUACGAGCUGGUGCCCAACGGCAGCCUCGAUUCCUACCUCCACGGCGGCGACGCCGCGACGACGUUGGCGUGGGAAGUGCGGCACAGGGUUGCUCUGGGCUUGGCCUCGGCUCUGCUCUAUCUCCACGAGGAGUGGGAGCAGUGCGUGGUGCACCGAGACGUCAAGCCGAGCAACGUCAUGUUGGACUCGACGUUCAGUGCCAAACUCGGGGACUUCGGGCUCGCCAGGCUCCUUGACCACAACGGCGGGCCGCAAACGAUGACGGUGUUGGCCGGCACGAGAGGCUACAUGGCGCCGGAGUACUUCUACACCGGCAAAGCGAGUAAGGAAUCCGAUGUCUACAGCUUCGGGAUCGUGGCGUUGGAGAUAGCAUCAGGUAGAAGGCCAUUAAUGGUGGAGGAGAGCGGCACCGUCGAACUGGCUCGAUGGGUGUGGGAGCUCUACGGGAGGAAGACGAUUCUCGAGGCGGCGGAUGAGAAUCUAAAGGGCGAAUUUGAUCGGAAACAAAUGGAGUGCUUGAUGGUCGUGGGGUUAUGGUGCGCUCAUCCUGAUCCAAAGCUACGGCCGUCGAUGAAACAGGCCAUUAACGUGCUCGACUUUGAUGCUCCUUGGCCGGAGCUCCCUCCUGCGAUGCCGGUGCCUACUUACGGCCCCGCUCCGUUACCUGCGUUGACUACUAUGGGCAUGAGUUCUGAGUCAACCGGAACUGCUUCGUCGUCUGCUUCGGGCCAUUUGUGGACAUGAUAGGAUUUUGACUUGUUUUGAAUUAGCAUUAUUGUAGGAGUAAACAGUAAUUUUGCAAAUAUAAGAGGUGAUUUAAAAAUGAAAUAAAACGGGGGUUGAAACUGAAUUCUCGAUUCAUAAAAUGCGCGAAGAGUUUGAUUAGGGCGUU